UACUCUCAACGGGGAGGUAAAGCGGUGCGAGUCUUUUUGUGUGAUUUGUCAUACGUUUAAAGUUCCAAUCUGUGGGCUUUGAUGAUGGAGGAUCUUGCAGAGAAGUGGGAUAAGUUGACUCUUACUGGUGUUGAAGAAUUGGAUAUUAACUUGGGAGUGGAGGAUCUAGACCAAACAUCAGUUCAAGGCUCUCUUAGUCUUCUGGGAAGGUUGCAUUACGAGAGAAGUAUUUCAAAGGAAGUGUUGUCGAAUACAUUGAAGGAGAUCUGGAAGUUGAAGGUUCAUCCAAUCUUUAAAACUCUUGGUAAAAAUCUAUUUGCCAUCAGUUUUGAGAAUGAAAAGGAUAAGAAGAGGAUUAUGGAAGGACGUCCAUGGCUUUUUGAUCAACAUUUACUGGUAUUGCAAGAGAUGCAAAGUAAAGUUCCUCUUAAGGAGAUUCCUUUCGAUACGGAGUUGUUUUGGGUACAGGUACAUAAUCUUCCACUGGCAGCCAUGUCAGAGAAAGUAGGGCAUAUUAUUGGCAAUUCGAUUGGUGAGUGUGUGGAGGUUGAUACACAGAAGGAUGGUUUGGGAUGGGGUCCCUUUCUACGUAUUCGGGUUCGGUUAUCUUUAUUCAAGCCGCUCCCCAGAGGUAAGAAGAUUACAAUCCCAGAUCGCACCAUCACUGUAGGGUUUUCGUACGAGUAUCUUCCAAAAUUCUGCUUUAAGUGUGGUUGUAUUGGCCAUGGGAAAGGGGGUUGUAGCCACAUCACAUCUAGCCGCCUUCAUGCAACGGAGGUUGAUAUGGAAUAUGGAAGUUGGAUGCGGGCUCAGAUGAAUCAAAAGCGUCAGCCUGAUAUUAACAGUGAUUUUUCUCGUCGGAAAAAAUCAUCUUCCGGUAGUCAGAAAAAUCCGAUGAUGGAUGAAGAUUGUAGGAAAGGUACGCCAAAUAUUCAGCCGAGUAUCCCGUGUGAAAAGGAUUCUGAUGAGGAUGCUGCGUCAACUGCUCAAGCUGACCCCCCUAUUAAUGCGAUUAAUCCGGUAAUUGAAGUGGUGGGUCUCCCGGUAAUUAAGGAGAGGGUAGAAGACGUUAUGGAAAGUAAUUCUCCUAUUUAUGUGGGUGAUAAUGUCAAAGUUAUUACUGGUGAUAUUGUAUCAACGGAGAUGGACCCACCAAUCAAUAUUAAUUUGAAGUUAAAUGCUACUCCUAAUACAAGUGUCGGUGGUGAGAGUCAAGUUGAUAGUGAUGUACCAUCUACCACAUCUCCACUUGUGCAAAAAGGAAAAAAGACCAAUUGGAAGCGUCGGGCAAGGAGGUUGCUAGAGACAGAUUCUGAAAUGGAGGGAGCCGAGGAUAAUAUGCUUGGAAUGAAAGGUUCGGGUAAGCGGUUGGUGGUGGAUGAAGUUGUUGCAAACAAGAAACAAAAAAUUAAUGAGGCGGAGGCUGUUGAGCAGCCCCGCCAUGAUCAAUGAGUUUGUUAGCUUGGAAUUGUAGAGGGCUUGGGAACC